AUGCCAGCAUUGGACGCAAUGUCAGCAAUUGGUAGACUGGACCUUGUCAAGUACAUGCAUGACAAUGGUGGUGUUGCCUCCACCAAGGCAAUGGACAUGGCAGACUCACUCGAGAUCGUUGAGUUCCUACAUAAGAAUCGAUCAGAAGGCUGCACGAGACGUGCAAUGGCAUCGGCAUCGGGCAAGGGCAUGCUUCCCGUGGUCGAGUACUUACAUCACAACAAACCGGCAUACGGCAGUCCGAUGUCGAUGGACUUGGCUGCCAGUGGUGGUCAUCUGGAGAUCGUCAAGUUCUUGCACCAACAUCGAACCGAAGGUUGCACACCCGUGGCCAUGGACAUGGCUUCGCGUAAUGGCAUGCUCGACGUCGUCAAGUUCCUUCACGAGAAUAGAACAGAGGGCUGCACAACAAUGGCCAUGGACCAGGCUGCCAAUGCUGGCCACCUCGAGGUAGUUCAAUACCUUCAUCACAAUCGAACAGAGGGCUGUACCAAGGGCAUGGACCCUGCCACAAUGGAUGAGGCUGCGAUCCAAGGCCGACUCGAGGUGGUCAUGUUCCUUCAUCACAAUCGCACGGACUCAUCCUGCACAUCCUUGGCAAUGGAUGGUGCGGCGGCAGGUGGUCACUUUGAUUUGGUCAAGUUCUUACAUUGCAAUCGCACCGAGGGAUGCUCAGAUGUGGCAAUGUCGGCGGCGGCUGCCGAAGGUCACGUGGAACUGGUCCAGUUCCUCCAUCAGAACAGGACAGAGGGCUGCAACAACGAAGCCAUGGACUACGCUGCGGCAAAGGGUAGUCUGGAGACAGUCCGCUUCCUUCAUCAGAACAGGACGGAGGGAUGUACACGCAACGCCAUGGACUGGGCCGCAGCUCAGGGCAACUUGGACAUGGUCAAGUUCUUGCAUCACAGUCGCAAAGAGGGCUGCACUACCGAGGCCUUGGACUUUGCCGCGCAGAAUGGCCAUCUAGAUAUCGUGGAGUUCCUGCAUCUCAAUCGCAAAGAAGGAUGCACGACCAAGGCCAUGGACCUUGCUUCGCGUAAUGGCUUCCUUCACGUCGUACGAUUCCUUCAUCAACACCGCACAGAGGGAUGUACUGUGGAUGCGAUGGACUGUGCAGCAGUCAAUGGCCUGUUACCAAUCGUCAAUUUCCUCCAACACAAUCGUACCGAGGGAUGCUCUGAUGAUAUUAUAGCCAUGGUGGCACAGGCUGGUCUACUGAACGUGGUUCAAUAUCUACAUCUAUAUGGAGAUAAGCCACCCACACCAAUGGCGAUGGACACUGCCGCUCGCUACGGACACAUCAACAUCGUACGUUAUCUUCACGAGAACACUGACGCCGGCUGCACGACCAACGCAAUGGACAGUGCAGCCAUAUUUGAUCACCUCGAGAUAGUCAAGUUCCUGCAUUACAAUCGCACUGAAGGUUGCACCAAGGAUGCAUUAUCAUGGGCGGCGGCCAAUGGAAAUCUAGAGGUGGUCAAAUUCCUCGUCAACAAUCGAACAGAGGGCGAUACUCUCGCUGCCAGUCUUCGCGCUGGAUUCAGAGGGCACAUCGACAUCCUACGAUUCCUCCUUGAGUACAACACCAAGAAAAGAAAGAGAUCGUCUCCAUUUGAAGAUUCAGAUGAUGAUGGUGAUGGAGAGCAAUCAAUAAAGGCAUCCAAGUCCUGA